AUGGCGCGGCGCGGCGGCAUGGGUCAGCUGCUGGUGGCAGGAUGCUGCCUCCUGGUGGCGCUCGCGCUGGCGUGCAGCGUGGCCUCGGCGCAAACGUCGCAGACUGGUCAGCCCAUCAAGCUCCCGCCCAAGGCGACGUUCCAGACCAUCACCAUCCCCAAAAACAGCACCAAGCGCCUGUACGCGGUCACCUGCCACGAGAGGCGAGGAAAGCCCUGCGUCGUGUCCUGCCCAAGCCGAUGCCCCAACAAGUGCCUCGCCUACUGCAAAUACUGCAUGGCAUUCUGCGUGUGUGAUCUCGUCCCGGGUAGCUCGUGCGGAGACCCUCGCUUCACCGGCGGGGACGGCAACACCUUCUACUUCCACGGCAAGAAGGACCAGGACUUCUGCAUCGUCUCCGACGAGGCCCUCCACAUCAACGCCCACUUCAUCGGCAACCACAACCCUGCCAUAAGGCGCAACUUCACGUGGAUCCAGGCCAUCGGCGUCAGCUUCGGCCAGCACCGCCUCUACGUCGGCGCUCGCAAGGCCGACGUCUGGGACGAGGAGGAGGACCACAUCCACGUCAUGCUGGACGGCGAGGCCGUCGACGUGGAGACCGUCAAGAACACCCGGUGGGUCUCCAAGGCCCUGCCCGCCUUGUCCGUCACGCGCAUCGACACGGUGAACGCUGUCAUGGUGGAGCUCGACGGCGUGUUCGGCAUCUCGGUCAACGCGGUGCCGAUCACCGAGGAGGACUCCCGGAUCCACAACUACGGCAAGACCGGGAGCGACAGCCUCGUGCACCUCGACCUCGGCUUCAAGUUCCAUUCCCUCACCAAGAACGUUGACGGCCUGCUCGGCCAGACCUACCAGCCGGAGUAUGUCAGCAAGGUGGACAUCAGCGCCAAGAUGCCCAUCAUGGGCGGCGCGCCAAAGUACCUAUCGUCAAGUCUUUUCUCCACGGAUUGCGCCGUCUCCAAGUUCCGCGGCAACAACGUCGCCGGGCCUGUUGUCACCUUUGCCUCGUAA